CAGAAGGUCGUCUAGGGAAUACAAAAGGUAUUUCGCUAUCGCUCUUAAACGGUGUCCUUGGUUAGAUACGCAACGUUAGCGUCACCAAGCUACCGUGUCGUGGUUACUUUGCUUAGUAACCGACAUCCUUGCUGAUCUUUUUGUUAUGAUAGAGGUGAAGAAGAGAGGAGCAUUUCCCGAGACCUGAGUAUUCUUCCAGACUAAACUGGGCAUCUUACUAUUUCACAACACGGCGUUGGCAACGCCGCCAUGGGAUCGCAGUCCAGCCCCGUCUGAUGAGGCGAGGCGGUGCGUUGAUUUGACCAGUGAAAGGGUCGGGGGAUCGGUGGAAGGUUUGUUCCUGAUUUCUCCCUGCUCCGCGUCGUCUGUUCAGUCCGAUCAACGUAGAUCUGCCCCGGCCAUCGACGAGGCCUGAAAAGGAUGCAUACAACCCGGAGCCCCUCGUCCAUCCAAACAGGGGGUUCAGGAGAAACCUUGGACCUCAGUUUAACAGGCUCCCAGCUCACUGUGUCCAAAAGGCCCAGCAGUGCAUCUUUUGGAAAAGGCUUCUCUCGCUCUGUAUCUGUGGCCAGUGAUAGCAAGGGAAAACGCAACACCCUGGGUGAUGCUAGCUUUGGGACUGCCCGCUCCAUUAAGAACCUUCGGCGGUCCAACAGUACCACUCAGGUUAACCAGCAGGCCAACAUCAGUUUAAGCUCAGAUGGACGAAGAAAGCUGGCCAGUUUCAGCAAGGCCUCACCUGACAGAACCACCUGGAACAUCCUGGACGACCAGCCCAGAGCGUUCCCCCUGCCCUCCAGCUCCCGCAGCACCGGCAGCGUGGACUCUCCCACCGGCCUGAAGAAAAGGGAGCCUGGCAUUGCCUUGGCUGCCAACUUCACUGCCAACAACAGGAGCAACAAGGGAGCCAUGGGAAACUCUGUCACCACUAUCUUACACAAUAACUACUCUGAAAAGCCCCUCACCCCUAAGAGCUCCAACCAAAAGCCCACUUUUAAUAACAUCCUAAAAGCCACAGUGAAUGACGAGGCCUCGCUGGAAAAUGGCUCUCUCACCAAGUCCCAGAAGAACUUCUCCACCUCUAACAACAAGACCUCCACAUCCACCCAGCGCGGUAGCCCCUUCCUGUCCCGCCGCAGAGAGGUCACCGAGGAGGAGGCUGAGAGGUUCAUUCAGCAGGUGAACCAGGCAGCAGUCACCAUCCAGCGCUGGUACAGAUGCCAUGUUGGGAGAGGGCAAACCAGCCAGGCAGCCCUCAAGUGCAUCCUUGCCACCAAGAAAAAGGAACAAGAACAGAAAGCCGAGGAGGACAUGUCUCCAGAGAGGCAGCAACAGCAGAAAAAGAAAAAGGAGGAGGACAGAAAACGGGUCCGUGAAGAGAAGGCUCGUCUGACUCGUCUCGCAGCUAUCCAUGAAUUGCAGCAGAAAAGAGCACGACAGGCUGCAGAGGCACAACAGGUAGUUGAGGGAGAGCUGGACGGCCUCAGGCAGAGCGGCAAGGUGGGCCGCAAGAAGACUCCCAAGAUCUCUCCUACCAACAAUCGUCCCACGUCCCCCAGCAACAACAACCCUACAUCACCCAGUCACGUCAAAGCAAAGAACACAGACGCCAACGUGAAUGUUGUGGCUGACCAUGUUGAUGUCACAAACUUCAGAGCCAUUUCUCCAGCACUGUCCAAUUGUAGAGGUUCCCAGUGCUCCCAGGAGAUCCUCCAGAGGUCAGUGAGCAUGGAGGACCAGCGUCAGGGUGCUCUCUCCAGCAGGGCCCAGUCUAAGACCACCCUGAACGAGCUUUUGGACACCCUGAAGCUACUGGAGGAGGAACCAGAGAGGCUGUCAGAGCCCAAGAGCUACCGCAAGGACAAAUAUGCUUGGAUAGACGAGGACGGAGAGUCCAACUCUCUGACCACCGACAACCUGGAGCGUCACGGCCAACUGAGCCAUAACCCAGCCCUACCAGACGGGGGCGCCCUACUCUCUGAAGCUAAGCUACAGAGCAUCAUGAGCUUCUUGGAUGAGAUGGAGAAGUCCGAACAGGAGAGGCCACGCUCCGUCACCUCAGGAUCACACAGAGAGGCAGUGCUGUCCGAGGAGGAGCUGCUGGGUGUGGAGCAGGCCUCGGCCACCGCUGCUGAGAUCUCCGGCUCCAUGAUGAGACUCAAACUAGAGCUGGAGGAGAAGAGACGCAGCGUUAAUAUGCUUCAGACUGCACUGGCCCAGCAGAGGGAGCUGACGGUGAGACAUGUGAAGGAGACAGAGAAGGAGCUGACCCGAAACUUCCAGCUCCAGAAGGAACAAUAUGAAGCCACCAUCCAGAGACACUUGGCAUUCAUCGAUCAGCUGAUCGAUGAUAAGAAGGCUCUUAGCGAGCGCUGUGAGGGAGUUGUGGGAGAACUGAAGCAGGUGGACCAGAAGUACACCAAAAAGAUCGCCCAGAUGCAAGAGCAGCACGAAAUGGAGAUCAAAAAGCUGAAAGAGCUGAUGAGUGCCACAGAGAAGAUCCGCCGGGAGAAAUGGAUUGACGAGAAGACCAAGAAGAUCAAGGAGAUCACCGUCAAAGGUCUGGAGCCUGAGAUCCAGAAGCUGAUCUCCAAGCACAAGCAGGAGCUGAAGAAGCUGCGGGCACUCCACGAGGCGGAGCUGCUGCAGGCGGACGAGAGGGCGGCCCAGCGGUACGUCCACCAGUGCGAGGAGCUUCGUCAGCAGCUGGAGAAGGACAAGGAGGAGCAGUGUCAGAGAGAGAGGGAGCUAGCUAAGCAGAGAUAUGAGAAGCAUCUCCAAGAGGAGGAGGUGUCCUUGCAGCAGCAGCGGAGGCGCCUUUACAAGGAAGUGGCUGAUGAGAAGGAAAGGCUGACUCAGCUGGCUGCUAGACAGCGAGCAGAGCUGGAGGACCUACGGAAGCAACUGGAGGACAACAGUUCUCUUGCCGGCCAAGCGCUUAGGGAGGAGCUGGACAAGACCAGAGAGGAACAGGAGAGGAGACACCAGGUGGAGAUGAAAGCACUGCAAGAACGUCUCGAGAUCGAAAAGCAGACCUGGGAAGAAAACUACAUGAAGAAAGAGGAAGCAUGGUUACUGAGUCGGGAGCGCGAGCUGAAAGAAGAAGUGCGUCAAGGAAGAGACAAAGAAAUUGAGCUUGCCAUCCAGAAGUUAGAGGAAGAAACCAGUGGGGCCAAAGAAGAGUGUGAGAGGGCAGCAGAAAACAGGGUGAAGCGUGUGAGGGAGAAGUACGAGGCAGAGCUGAGGGAGUUGGAGCGGUCAGAGAGGGCGGCCAUGGAGAAACAGCUGGAGCUGAGGAAGCGGCAGAUGGAGAUGGAGGAAGAGCUGAUCAGAGUACAGGGCCUUCUCAGACAAAAGGAGCAGGAGGUGGAGGACGUGACGCAGGCCAGGGACAAGUUGGAAGAGGAGCGCCGCAGCCUGGCGGAGGUGAUCAGACAGGAGUUUGCGGAGCGCCUGGUGUCGACGGAGGAAGAGAACCGCAGGAUGAAAGUGGAAGUGUCGGAGGUGAGAGCGCGGCUGCGGCUGGAGGUGGAGAGGGUCACCAGGGAGAAAGAGGAAGAGCUGGCUGAGGUCCACCAAAGAGUGAAGACGGCCAUCUUGAAGAAGGAAGAAACUGUCAAUAACCUUCGGAAGCAGCAUGAGGCAGCUUUAAAGAGGGCGGAACACCUGGAGGCCCUGUGGGAACAGCAGAGGAAGCAACUGCUGGAGAAAUGAGCGAGAAGGGAGGGAUGUCGAUCUUCUCCUACUACCCUGCCCCCAUAUUUCUCUACUCUUCUCAAUACUCAAUCCAUUGUGUGAGACGGACCUCUUGGGAAACAUUCAAAGACUGAAAUGAGCGUGCUCCAAAGAACGAACGUCGUCCUACCUCAGGUGGAACAUGCAGAGGGACUCAGAAGGGGUGCAUGGGGCUUGAGUUGGCUGUAAAACAGGAGGUUUGUUGUGGACUGUCUGCUCUUUGAAUGGCACAGACCAGGUGGCUGCUUUCUUCGACAGCCCCUCUGGAGCCAGUUGGGAGGCGAGUGAGGGACUCGCCUACUCUCUCCCUUCAGGAAGAAGAAAGCUGCAUUUUUGUGACUUUACUGCACCUUCUGAAGUCUGUACAAGCUAGGGAGAGCCUCGCUCCCCACAGAGCCCCGGAUGCCAUAGAGAACAGUUCCAGAUGUUCAUAAGAACCAGCCCAGACCUACAAAGGCAGUGUUGGGUUUUCAGAGGAGGCCGACCAAGAGGGGGAGGGAGCAGGAGUGUUCUCCCCAGUGACUCUUUUACACCUAUCCACUAACAAGCUAUGCCCGUUAGAGCUUGGGGGCUCUUAUUGCCCCAAUUGUACAAUUCUCAUAGAUGUGAUUUUUGUCCUCUGUGUCCCCUCUGGGCUAGUACUAAUUACGGGGUCUGGUCUUGCUUAUUACACUACACCAACCCCACAGCUCUGACCACUUCCCUCGACCGACCCUGAUCCACACUGUAUAGCUCAGAGGUUUGUAUGCGAGUCUUGAACCAAAAUUGUCUCUUAACAACAAGCUUAGCAGACAGUUGCCGCUAUUGCUUAGACACUAAAGUUUUAGAGGGUGUGACAGAAUGUUGCUAGAAAGAAUGAGAGCAGAUUUAGGAAACUUGAAGGACUGGAGAGAAGCUAACUGGGAUGUCUGCAGGCUUGUUUGAGGUCAAAGACAGCAGAGAGGCCAUGAUGGCAGAGUAGUCAGAGUUUGUGAAUGUGGGAUAGAGAAGAAAGGAGAAAGGAGGGGGCAGUGGAGGAAUGUGCAUGGAAAGUGUUUACAGGAUUAGGAAAGCAGGCAGAGGCUGGGACAGAGCAAGGUGGUAGAAGGGUUGAGCGGGCACACACGCUGUUGGUUUCAUGUGACCAGCCCAACACAUUAAGUAAAACUUUAGGUUUCGCAACACCAAAUUCAGGGGGGUCCACUUUGACAAAAUACAUCAAACUCUGAAUGGAGUAAAAUGGAAACUUGACUAGACUCAAGUACACAAACCUGUACGCUAUACCUAAACAGUGCUGGGUAUGAGAUCUCUGACCUUCUGCCAUACUCUCAGGAGCCACCACUUCACAACACUUGGCUUCACUGUGUUUGCUGUAAAUAUAUUUUUGUAGUUUCCACGCAGUGUGUUAUUUCUAUACCCAUAACAAAUCAGAAUACAUGAAGAUAUUCGGAUGUGCCAUUCGCAAAUACAAGAAGUAUCUGUGGCCAUGGUUGUAGUCCAUAGCAUUGAUUCAGCGGGUGACUGGGGGCUUCAACAAGCGUUCGGGCCGCAGUGGGAAACACUAAACCUGGAAGUAAACCUGUUAUUUAGGUGUAAUAUCAUGUGACAGACGGCGCUGUUCUGUGGUUCGGACGGUCCCAUUUCUUUCUUCUUUUUUUUUUUACAUUUUUUCCCAUUGAGCAAUGAUUCUUGACUUUUGUAGUGAUUUUGUCCAAAAACCGUGGACAAGGUUACGAUUUUGAAGUAACGGUUUCAGAAAGCCAGCCAACAAGAUUGCAUGUUUGCAAGCUUUCCAAAAGAAAGAAAAAAGCCUGACAAGACAAAUGUUUGGCAGAAGAUUUACUCUUUCUCAAUGCUUAAUAACUAUGCCAUUUUUAUACGGACUGAGUAAAGUAUGUAGUUUUUUCCUGAUGCUGAAUGUAGGUUUCCGAGCCACAAUCUUAGGGGUUCCUUCUGUGAAGUAUAACUUAGUCAUGAAUUUGAGGGUUUAUGUAGUCCACAGUGUGUGGUGUGUGUGUGUGUGUGUGUGUGCGUGCCCCACAAUUGUGGAUUUUGCAGUUUUUGACUGACACUGAUUGAUUGAAAUGGGGUGCUAUCAUGUCUGCCAUCUUCUUGCGUUGCGAGGAGGCAAGCUGAGCUCUCAGAGGUUGAACCGAGUCGUGACCUGUUUCCAGGCCUUCAUGUAAAUGUUACCGGGACAGAAAUCUUUCCCUCGGCCGUCAAGGCCUGUGAGGCGCCUCGCGUCGCCCCGGUUUUCACGGUAAGCGGCUGAAGGUAGAGGUGAGAUGACACGACUUGGAGGCUGUCACGGAGGUCAUUUUUCCGGGGUCUAGAAAUGGCGAGGCUUCCUCACUGCCGCCCAGUUCAGAUGGACUGUUGCUCAUACCAAGAGGGUGGCAGCAUGGUUGGCAUUGUUAACUUCGUUCCUAUCCCACGUUCCUCCAGUAUGAAGUGUCUUUGUGGUUGUGUGUUUCCUCCCCCAUUGUUUUGCAAGUUAUAUUCUUUUCAGCCAGGCAUAAAACCCUGCAUGAGGGAAGACACAUACAACUUCCCUGUCGCCGUUCGACCUUGUGCACAAACCGCUCCGGUUAGUCCCACGCUUCUCGCUUCACUUUUUGUGUGUUUGUGGAUAUUUCUUUCAUUUUUGUAUACGUUUUUGUAUGACUCUUUGCACCCAGACUUUCAGCGCUGGACUGUAACAUGUCACUCAUUGGGUGAAUCUAUUCUGCUGGCUGUGCGCGGUGACGGGUGAGACUGUGAACAGUGGGGACUGAUCUUUAAAUAAAUAAAGAGGAAAAAGACUGGUUGAGAACCGGACUGCGUUUGUCCUUCUUCUUCUUCUUCUUUUUUUUUUUAAAUGAGAGAAAACAAUUGUCCGCUUGUCUCCGGCCCGCCACCCUGCUCCCCACCCCUCUCCGCCUCGUGGACCAUAACUC